AUGGCGACUCAAGGCCGAGCGCCUAAGAGAGACGACUUGGAUGUCCAAGGUCCUGCACCUGGCGAGAGUGUCGCUACGGAUCCGCUGCUUUACAGCAUCUCCCCUGUCCAGCUGUGGAUCGGUCGAUUGGUAUCGCGAGUGUGCAAGGCAAAAACCCUGGAGGAUGGAUGGCUUCCCGUCUUCUCUUGCGCUUCGGCUCAUCUACGCGGUGUAGCUGCGCCGCUAUAUGCGAAGCGCCCAGGCGCAGCAUUGAGCUUCUUGAUGCAAAAAGAGACAGGUGGCAUGCUCUUCUGCGGAGCAAUUUUGGAGGCAUUAUCUGCAGCGGCUACCAUAGGCUCGCCUCUGCUGCUUCACAAGCUCUUAGAGAAGCCUCAUGAUGCGCCGCUCGCCUGGGGUCUAGUACUUGUGACCUUGGCUGCCACGGUAUUUGGCCGUGCAAAAGAUCAAUUGUGCAGGGUUCAUUACGCGUGGAUGGAACUGAUGCUCCGUGCGGCUAUAUUCGAAAAGAGCAUCAAGUUAUGCCCAGAAGCCCGCGUUGAGUAUCCUCCUGAGCGCAUCAUUAAUAUGAGCUCCGUUGAUGCAGACAACUUGGCAAAUUAUAUGCUAAAGGUUCAUGACGUAUGGAGUGCGCCCUUGCAAAUCGUUGGUAUUGGGGCCCUCACUGUGACCAUCAUGGGACCAACUGCACUUUUUGGAUUUGCACUUGUGCUGGUCGUAUUUAUAUCUCAGUCUUGGGCAAACAAAGGGAUGAGAAAUUCUCAAAGGGCUUAUAUUAUGACCAAUGACGGACGUCUUGGUGCGUUGCGAGAACUUCUCUAUGGCAUCGGCAGCGUCAAGGCCCUUGGUUAUGAAAUGGUAUUCAGGAAGCGAAUUAGCCAGUUCCGGGCCAAACAGGCUGGAGCGCUGCGGAACUAUCUCGUUCUUUGCUUCGGGUACUUCACAGCUGUUAACCAAGCUGUGAGUGGCUUUGCUGCUGGCGUGGCGUUUCUAGCCUACUACCUCAUGGGCCACGAGCUGACGGCAGCAGUCGUGUUCCCUGCAUUGACGUACUUUGGAAUGUUGUAUCAACCGAUAUCCAACGCCUCUUUAGCUUUUACAAGACAGUUCGCUACUUGGCCAAGCUUUAACAGGGUACAAGUAUUCCUCAAGGCAGACGAAUCGGAGUUGACUGAGGACACAAAUAGUGAACAGGAAGCACUGGUUAGCUUUAAAGAGGCAUCCUUCUCGCACCCAGUUUCUGAUCCCAACUCCUCAUCAACCAGCGCUGGUCUCGAAGUAGGAAACCUCAAUCUUCCUUCCCGCAAACUGACCAUCGUCGUGGGGCCUACUGGAUCUGGAAAGUCAACGUUUUUGCGGGCUAUUCUUGGGGAUGUCACCACGACGUCGGGAUCAUGCAGCGUUCACGGAUCUGUGUCGUAUUCUUCCCAAGAUGCCUGGGUUUUCUCCGGUACUCUGCGGGAAAACAUCGUGUUUUCGGCUCCCUUUGAUGCUGCGCGCUACCACGCCGUCAUGAGUGCCUGCGGUUUGUAUCAGGAUUUCCCAAGAGACAAUACAUCUAUUGGCGAGUCAGGAAACAACCUCAGCGGUGGUCAACGUGCGCGAAUCGCAUUAGCAAGGGCCCUCUAUUCAGAAUCUGACAUUUUGCUGCUUGAUGAUCCUUUUGCCGCUGUCGAUGCCAAAACACGGGCAUUGCUAUUCAACACUAUCCGGGCCCUCGAAAAAACUGUGGUCCUGGUGACCUUACAUCAUUCCUUGAUUCCCAGAUGCGACAAUGUUGUUGUUAUUGAAGGUAGUAAGAUCGCCUGGGCUGGCACGAGUACCGAAUUUGCAGCUACUACCGAGCUCUGUGAGAAAUAUCUCCGGUCCGCUGAUACAGCCGAUAGCGCGUCCGAUUUCAGUGACCAAAGCGAGGAGAGUGUUGACACUGAUGAUAAGGCGCCGCCUGAGGUAGUAGUAACGAGCGUCGGCGAAUCAUCUGCUACAGACGAGGACGUGUUUGACGAAGAAGAUCGGGCCCAGGGUACAGUGAGUUUCGCUGCACUCAAAUUCUAUGCUGCCUGUGCUGGUGGUCUUCUCGACAUUAUAGCAAUUGGCGCAUUGGUCUGCCUCUUGACGGGUGCUAAGACAAUGUCGUCGUAUUGGUUCGUCUGGUGGAUCGACGAUGCAUUCCAUCUACAAGGAAGCCAAUAUCUCGGUGCUUUUAUAGGGUUGACUGUCUCUCCUGGUUUCAUUGCGGCUCUUCUUGGUAUCGUAUUGGUCUUUUCGAGUCUUCGUGCGAGCGACACCAUCCACAGCACCAUUGUAGACAACGUCCUCAGCGCUCCGAUUGCCUAUUUUUCUCGUCAACCUGUUGGCAGAAUCUUGAAUAGGUUUACGCAUGACGUUAUGUCGAUGGACGUGUUCAUCAUGAACUCUGUUGAUGGUAUCAUUGCCGCCGGAAGUGCAUUAAUUGCAGCCAUUGCCCUUGUGGCAGCUGCUGCCCCGAUCACUCUGGCUGCCGCCAUUCCGUCUGUGUUGAUCGCAGGCUGGUAUCAGCUACAAUUUGCUGUUGCUGCGAGAGAGGUGCAACGAUCGGCUUCCAUCUUACAUUCACCAGUGCUUAGUAUCGUCAGUGAAGCCCUUCGAGGUAUGAGCUCCGUCCGGGCUUUUGGAGCACGCGACUUCAUGAGCAAAAAACAUGACAAAGCGCUUGAUACUUACAUGUCGGCUGUGAUUUGUCGAAAAUCUCUUGACACGUGGGUAACCUUUCGCGCCGAGUUGUCGACAAUACUUCUUCUCUUGGUUACGGCUAUGCUUGUCGUUUACACCGACCAAGACAGUAACGUGGGCCUCUCUGGUACGCAGGCAGGCUUGGCUCUCAGUAAUGCUACAGCCAUUUCUCAAAGCAUUUAUCUCUUCACCUGGUCCAUUACUGAACUGCAGAUUGAAAUGAACUCCAUCGAACGGCUGAAGACGUAUCAUGAAGCUAUUCCGCGCGAGUCAAACCACUCCAAUGAUGCAGCCCCCAAGCCUCCAGUCGACUUCAACUCGAUUGAGUACAAAAACGUCUCUGUUAUUUACAAAAGACGACAAAGUCCUGCUCUAGAUAGCGUCAACCUGGUGCUGUCUCGAGGCGAAAGGGUGGGCAUCAUUGGCCGAACAGGCAGUGGAAAGUCGACGCUGAUAUCUACAUUGGCACGGCUUGUCGACGUAACCAGCGGUAGUAUUUUGAUAGGCGGUGCCAACAUCUCGGAAAUGGACCCCCAAAAGCUGAGAACGGAUCUUGUGUGUACCCUAUCACAGCAACCUCUAUUAUUCAAGGGCACUUUUCGCGAGAACUUGGACCCCGCUGGCCGCUACAGUGACGAGAAACUUCUCGAGACACUGAAGAUAUGCCAGCUGAGUCCAUCAUUGAUCGGCUCAACAGAAGAUUUAUCAAAGGAGCUCACCUCUGAGGCAUCAGAUAUUUCAGCUGGACAGCGCCAACUUCUUUGCGCAGCUCGUGUGCUUUUAAUGGAGCCUCGGAUCUUGCUGGUUGAUGAAGCUUCGGCAAACGUUGAUUUCACGGCUGAGGCAGCCCUUCAGGACGCGCUGGAAGCGUUGCCUGCCGAGACAACUGUGGUAUCCGUUGCUCAUCGUGCUGCCACACUUGCAUGGAUGGACCGCAUCAUCACAGUGGAUGCUGGACGGGUUGUUGAAAGUGGCACACCGGAAGACCUGCUACGCCAGCAAGAUAGCCACUUUUACCAAGCGAUUGCUCGAGAGGGAGAGGGAGCAAUACGUUCUGCAUUAGCUGUGGCGCAGAAACAUAACAGGCCCUGA